AUGAGUCCUCACGUCGAUAUGUCGUCAGGCUCGCCAGACGGUGCAGCUCCAGCGGUGCAAAAGGCAUUCAAUGGCUUCCUGACAGACAACAUUGAUGAGAGCCAGUUCCCCGCUUUGGAGAACCGAUCGCACCUUCGAUAUACCCCGCAAGACGAGCUGCACGACAUGAUUUGCGUUGGCUUUGGCCCGGCGUCGCUGGCCAUUGGCGUGGCUUUGCACGAUGCGCUCGACGGGACAGAUGCCUCGCUAUCUGAUGUUCAGGGCCUCCAGAGCAGACCGCCAAAAGUUGCUUUCCUGGAGAAGCAGCCGCAGUUUGCAUGGCACGCCGGUAUGCUGCUACCAGGUGCAAAGAUGCAAAUCACUUUUAUGAAGGACAUGGCAACUAUGCGCAACCCGCGCAGCGAGUUUACCUUUCUCAACUACCUGCACCAAAAGGAUCGCCUGGUCGAGUUUGCCAACCUUAACACGUUUCUACCUGCACGUGUCGAGUACGAGGACUAUAUGAAGUGGUGCGCCAGCUGGUUCGAAGAGGUAGUGGCAUACAGCCAGGAAGUGGUCAAGGUGAUGCCUGAGAAGUCGGCCAGCGGAGAAAUCACCAGCUUCAACGUCAUCUCGCAAAACCACCUCACAGGGCGCACUGAGUCGCGGAGAGCAAAGCAUGUGGUGAUUGCUGCGGGAGGCAGGCCAAACAUCCCCGCGCCUUUCCCUACCAACCACCCCAGAGUCAUCCACUCGUCUAAAUUCUCGUACAUGUCCAAGCAGCUUCUCAAGGACCACGAUGCACCCUACAACAUUGUCGUGAUUGGUAACGGCCAGAGCGCUGCUGAGAUCUUUGACUUUUUACACGCAAAUUACCCCAACUCACGCACACGACUACUUAUCAAGGGAGGCGCACUGCGACCCAGUGAUGAUUCACCAUUCGUGAACGAGAUCUUCAACCCCUCGCGGACCGACUGCACAUACAACCGCGCGCCAAAGCUGCGCGCAACAACGCUAGUCGAAGACAAGGGCACAAAUUACGGCGUCGUGCGACUGGGACUCCUCGAGCACAUCUACGAGACUCUGUACAUGCAGCGCAUCCGCUAUGGCAACUCGCCUGCCGAAGAAGCCCACUGGCCUCACCGUAUCCUACCCUACCGACGGGUGGUGGACGUGACGGACUCGCCGGUAUGCCAGGGCGGGGUGCGUCUGCACGUCCAGGACUCGAGUGCGCUGUACUUUUCUGAGCAAGCUGGGGGUCAGGAACGCAAGGAGACGCUGGACGUUGAUGCCGUCUUUGUUGCGACGGGCUACCUGCGGGACCUGCACGAGACGCUGCUCAAGGACGCCAGACACCUUAUGCCUGGGGGCGAGCUGGAGGGUGCCAAAUGGCAGGUGCAGAGGGAUUACCGGGUCAACUUUACGGAGAAGAGCGUGGGUGAGGAUGCUGGGGUUUGGCUGCAGGGAUGCUGCGAGAGUACGCAUGGUCUGAGUGACACGUUGCUUUCGGUGCUGGCGACCAGGGGAGGCGAGAUGGUGAGGAGUCUCUUUGAGAAGCCGGCAAAGUGGGAUAACGGCCAUGUGUUGGGUGGGUAUGAGGUGCGCGAGUAA